AUGUUGGACACGUUCGAGAUCCUCACAACGUCGGGCGUCGUCCUCUGGUCCAGGUCCUACGCCCCCGUCAAUCCCUCUGUCGUCAACAGCUUCAUCGCCGACGUCUUCAUCGAGGAAAAGUCCGGCCUCAAAGACUCGCAGUCCGCUGCCACCAAUCCCCCCUUCAAGAGCGACCAGCACACCCUAAAAUGGGCUCUGGUCAAGGAACUCGGCGUCAUCUUUGUCGCUGUCUAUCGCUCCCUCCUCCACCUCACAUGGGUCGAUAAGCUCGUCGACAACAUCAAGACCAUCUUCGUCUCGCUCUACGGCGACCAACUCAAGAAGCCACACACAACCAUUGUCGAGUGUACUAGUUUCGAUGACUACUUCGACCAGCAGCUGCAAGAAUUGGACGCUUCCAGUGCAGGCGACCCCGCCGCAGUCCUGCAAGAAGAGACGUUGACGCGAAACAGACCAGACGACGCCCCCGUCGCUCCCGGCUUGACCUAUAGAGGCCGCGCCCUCCACAAUGGCUCUCAAGAUGCCCCCUCGAGCGACUCGACCCCGGCCAUCACCCCGAGUGCAUCGCGGCCCUCGACUCCCGGUACUGGCAACUUGGUCGUCGCCAAGCCCGGACCUGUCGCGAAAAUGUCGAGGAGGGCUCGAAAAGCGAGGAACAGCGCAUCUGCGCCGGCAUCAUCCGGCGACGAAACCUCGAGCAGCAGGCUGAAGAAGGGGAGCAAAGCACCCAAGAAGGGGCGUAAGUGGGAUGCCGACGGCAUGGCGGAUGAGGACGACGAUGUGCAGCUCGACUACUCGGCUCAACCGAACCUUACGAGCGACUCAGAGGUAGAAGCAACCGGGCGGUCAAGCGCCGUCGAUGCCGUCGACUCUUCGACGUGGGGAUCGUCAAGCAAGGGCAAGUUUGUGCUGAAGGAUCUGGGUGACGAGGUGCACGACAUGCUGGCCUCCGCCGAGGCCGAGAAGGCAGCAGCAGCGAAAACAGACUCGAGGAGCGGCCUCCUUGGAUCCGGCGUCAAUGCCAUCAGCGGGCUCUUCCGCAACGUCGUCGGCGGCAAGACGUUGACCAAGGAGGAUCUCGACAAGGCCAUGAAGGGCAUGGAGGACCAUCUGCUGAGGAAAAACGUUGCGCGCGAGGCCGCGGUGCGGCUAUGUGAGGGAGUCGAGAAGGAGCUGACUGGCGUCAAGACUGGGAGCUUCGAAGGCAUAAACUCCAGGAUCCAGACGGCCAUGGAGUCUUCGCUCACCAAGAUGCUCACGCCCACCUCUUCUCUCGACCUCUUGCGCGAAAUCGACUCGGUCGCGGCGCCCCCCGCCACGUCGCUCCGCAAGGCCCGGCCCUACGUCAUCUCCAUAGUCGGCGUCAACGGCGUGGGCAAGUCGACUAACCUGUCCAAGAUCUGCUUCUUCCUGCUGCAGAACAAGUACAAAGUACUCAUCGCCGCGGGCGACACGUUCCGCUCCGGCGCCGUUGAGCAGCUCGCCGUCCACGUGCGCAACCUCAAAGAGCUGACGGCGCGCGAGGGCGGCGAGGUGGAAUUGUACCAGAAGGGCUACGGCAAGGACGCCGCGACGGUUGCCAAGGAUGCCGUCGCCCACGCCGCGCAGCAGGCCUACGACGUGGUUCUCAUCGACACGGCCGGCCGACGGCACAACGAUCAGCGCCUCAUGUCAUCGCUGGAAAAGUUUGCCAAGUUUGCCCAGCCUGACAAGAUUCUCAUGGUCGGCGAGGCCCUCGUCGGCACCGACUCGGUCGCCCAGGCGCGCAACUUCAACGCCGCCUUUGGCUCUGUCCGCUCCCUCGACGGCUUCAUCAUCUCAAAGUGCGACACCGUCGGCGACAUGGUCGGCACCCUCGUCAGCCUCGUCCACGCCACAAACGUGCCCGUCCUCUUCGUCGGCGUCGGCCAGCACUACUCGGACCUGCGCAACUUUUCCGUCAAGUGGGCCGUCGAGAAGCUCCUGAGCAGCGCGCAAUGA